UUGCAGAAGGCACAGACUAGUUCCGAUCCUGUCACCGAGAGUGAUCCGACCUGUCCUGAUGCUGAGGUUCUCACCGUACGACUAAAUUGUGUGAUUGGCAUAUCGGCUGUCCGCCUUCUUGUGCCAAGUGACCUGCGCAGUCGGGAUGUGCGCAACGGACUCUUGGGAAACAUCGAGAAGGUGCAAGCUCGAGUGGGUGGUCAGCUACCGCAACUGGAUCCGAUUGCUGAUAUGCGCAUUACUGACAAGGAAUUCUUAGAAAUUGCAAAGUCCCUUUCCUGUCAUCGUCUCUUUACGGCCAAAUUCCACGUCUGUCAAGCGUACGCUUCUGAUGAUCAUGCUCCUCAGUAUUCCUAUCUUCAUUCGGUAGUUGUGAUCAGGGUCGAAAUUGAAUACUUUUCUGGCAUAUGGCUUCGUUCUGAAUAA